AAGUUUUUAACCUCGUAUUUAUCAUUUUGGUUGUCUAAAUUAACGUGCAUAAAAAUGGACAGAACGUGUUACGAAUCCUCCUCGUACUCCUCCAGCGACUCCGACAUCGCGUACUCCACUUGCAAAUGCUGUUGUAACAAAAGGAAAAAUAUCGUUAAAGGCCGAUUCGGGCUCGCCUACAUCGUGGAAACGCCCGAUAGCGUAAUGGCGGAGCCCGUCGGGUGGCAGAUAGAAUUCGAAGACACCCCGUCCUGCGUCAUCCAAGAUUGCAACAGAAUGGUCGAUUGGGUGAAGUACCCACCAUUCGAGAGCCUAAAUAAACUGGAUCAACCGUGCGAUUGUACUAAAUUAGUAUCACCUUCUGCGAGAAGAGAUAACGCCACGAACACCGCGAUGGAUUGUUCUUGUGGUCGUAGAAGCGUUAAUGAUAAAUAUUCUAGAGAUUAUUGUAGUAGUCAUCGUUGUGAUUGCUUUACAGAGUGUUCUAAUCGGUCUCGUUACGGUCCUGAUAAAAGUGUGGCGUCCAGGCAGAGCGAUUAUGGUAAAGAAACAAGAGACGAUUCCACCAGUUAUAAUCUGGAGCAGAUUUUGGAUUAUAUUCCCAGCAGAGAACCCGCGAAUCAUUCGCAAAUUAUUAGACUGAAGGAUCAAGAAACCCAAUACGAUAACGAUCAAAUAAAAAUAGUCUCUAAUAAACAAGUAGAUACGAAUAGUAUAGAACAAUUCGCUAGUCUUCAGCCGAUAGGAGAUGGUAAAGACGGGCAAGCGGGGAGUUCCCAGGGCAUCGUUAGAACGGUUACAAUUGAGAGUUUCCGAACGCCUGAAGGUAGUUCGAAAUACGAAAGUCUGCCGGAAAAUCGCGGUCAAAGCCUGAAAAUCGAGAGUUCUCGAGGACCAGACAACGGGGGGCUCGUUAAAAGUUUGACUAUAGAAGGUUUCGGGCUGCAGGAAAUUAAGGAAAUGGCAAACGGUGAGAGGUUGUCGGAGGGUAGCGGGAAAAAUUCGAAGGAUUCAACGGGAAAAUUUUACGAAUUGCGAAACGAGCAGAUCGAUUCUAACGAAACCGUAGGAAUUAACGAGAGAACAAUGAAGGAUUCGUCUCAAAUUAAAGAAAACGGUAGAUUAUCGAAGGAGUUUAGCAAAACUAUAAGCAUCACUAUAAGCGAGAAUACCGUUGGAAAUGAAACUAAUACUCAGCGAAAAUCCGAAACUGAUAAUUACAGUAAGGGCGAUUCGAAAAUAUUCCACCAAAGCGAAAUGAUAUCUUUCCACGGUUUGAGCCCCAUGCAAAAAAUCAAAUUGGCUAAAAGAAUACAGAACCAAGCCCGGUCGCAACAAUCGAAAAUCGCCCCCAAUCCACCAAGGAAUCCCUAA